CGCUCUGAGGAAUGUUAGGUAUGCACGCUGGAAUAAACUAUCGACAGGGAUAGGGGUAAUGUGUGUUACAAAUAAAACUAGACAUUGACAUUUUACAUCUCACGAGGAUGUAGAGGUAUUUAGAAUCUAGAGUAGUGUGCACUGUAUAAUUUCAUUGUAACGAAUAGAUUUUAACAUCAUAAUUACUCUGUCAAAACAUGAGCUUUUAUUGUGAUGGUAAACCCAUUGUGGAUGGCAGUGUGGUGUCGUCCCCAGUAGGAAGGUCCGUUCGGAGGGGGACUCAAUGCAGAUCAAUGAACUCAGCUAAACAAACGAGUUGGGCGGUCGAAGUUGGGACAAAUUCUGGAAUGUAUUGUCUUGGUUCGUCAUUAACAUAAUUCAACCAGCGAGUAUUGUAUACAAUUAGUUAAAACAGAUUGAUGAGAACGAACAUAUAUCUCUAUGUUGUAUAGAGUUACAUUUACAACUUUACUCAGCCAGCCUGUGGAGACGAGAAAAUCAAGUCAGCCAGAAAUUCUGAAAGGAAACACUCCAUCUAUUGGGAAAUUCGGUAAAAGAAGAUGAUUUUUGCUAAUACUGGCAACCCUUUGAGGAAUACGCAUCGUAAUAAACAGCCUCACGUGGCCCCUUCCUCACACCCCAUGGCUCCACCAAGCCCCAGCACCAACAGCAGCACCAACAACAGCAGCAACAGCAGCACGGCUGGAUGGGAACAGCUCAGCAAAACCAACCUGUACAUCAGGGGACUGCCCCCCAGCACCACCGACGAGGACCUGGUCAAGCUCUGUCGGCCGUAUGGCAAAAUCGUAUCAACAAAGGCCAUCCUGGACAAGACGACAAACAAAUGCAAAGGCUAUGGCUUUGUGGACUUUGACAGCCCAGCUGCAGCUCAGAAGGCCGUCACCGCCCUGAAGACUAGCGGGGUCCAGGCCCAGAUGGCUAAGCAACAAGAGCAGGACCCGACAAAUCUCUACAUAUCCAACCUGCCCCUGUCCAUGGACGAGCAGGAACUGGAGAACAUGCUCAAGCCCUUCGGUCAGGUCAUCUCCACACGGAUACUACGGGACUCCAAUGGGUCCAGCCGUGGAGUGGGGUUUGCCAGGAUGGAGUCCACAGAGAAGUGCGACGCCGUGAUUAAUCACUUCAACGGGAAGUUUAUUAAAAUGCCACCCGGUGUUCUGGCCCCCUCUGAGCCCUUGCUGUGCAAGUUUGCUGAUGGUGGGCAGAAAAAGAGACAGAGCCAAAACAAAUAUGUUCCGAAUGGCCGUGCGUGGGCACGAGAUGGCGAGGCCCGACUCGCCGGAAUGACUCUGACAUACGAUCCCACCACAGCUGCUAUGCAAAAUGGAUUCUAUCCGGCUCCAUACAGCAUUGCAAACAGGAUGAUUGCCCAGACUGCCAUGUCUCCAUACAUCUCGCCUGUGUCCACAUACCAGGUACAGAAUCCUUCCUGGGUGGCCCACCAGCCCUACAUCAUGCAGCACCCGGGAGCGGCGAUAUCGCCCUCUAUGGACUAUUCUAUGUCACUGCAGCAGUCGUCCAUGAUGAACCCUCUCACGCAGCAGAUGAGUCACCUCUCUAUGGGCAACCAAGGAACGUUCAUGGCCGCUAACACAGCUAUGCAAGGAACCUACAUCCCCCAGUAUGCGCACAUGGCAACCACAGCAGUCUCUGUAGAGGAAAACAGUCCACAACAACAGGUGGAGUCACCUGGGGACCAUUCCCCAUACACUUAUCAACAAAACAAGUGAUGACGAGAUAAGACUGAGGAUCCCAGGGGAGCGGGGUGACGGCUAAAACAAUCAUAACUUCCUGUGAUGAACUCUGGACACAUCACCCUUUUUGCACAGGUUCAACAGUGACUCGCUUCCGUUUGUCAAAACGAAAACAGCCGAAAACUAUUUUCAGUAGUGCAGACUGUGUAUGAUUUGACUUUCAUCAGUGGAUGCUAAUUCUGAAAAAUUGAGGAGGAGGAAGAAAAAAAAAAAGAAAAAAAAGUUUUAUUUUAUUAAAAAAAAAGAACGUUUAUUUUUUACCAUGAAUUGUCACAUGAAUGCUAGGACUCCAAUGGGCAUGUGACACAAUGUUUAAGAUGCAUGAGAGUAACCUUAUCUGUUGUUCAUAAUUUUUUUCUAUGACUUUAAUUUUGUUCUUUCUUUUUUCUUUUUGUACUGAAAUAGAUUUGUGUGUGUGUGUGUGUGUGUGUGUGUGUGUGUGUGUGUGUGUGUGUGUGUGUGUGUGUGUGUUGGAAAGUGUUUUUAGCCAGACAUCCUGAAAAAAUGAUGUUUUGUGCUUGCCGUGUGAGUGUUGCUAUGGUGAAGUGUUACAUGUCUUUGCUUGUAAAGUGUUUGUUUAGUUUAGUUUUUUUCUUUUCUGUUUUAUCAUACAAUUUGCCUUAAGAUUUUCCACACUAUAGCUGUACAGGCAACCUCUGGAGCUAGGACAGAGAGCAGGAGAAAGCAGCUUUAAACGCUCUUGCCUUGUAGAUCAGCUGGAUAGGGCUUGUUUUAGGAUUUAGCUGAGCAAAUUCGCUGUGGUUUUGUCGUCAUUUUUUGCUUUAUCUCCCUGACCUGUGUUGUGCUUUUUUUUUUUUUUCUUAGAUUUUUUAAAAUGUUUCUGAGUGAUAUGACUUCCAGGAUCUGAUGAUUUGUGUGUUUGUUUGUUGGUUUGUGUUUUUUAAUAGGAUGUAAUGUUAAUAUAAUCAGAGGACCUUCUGACCCUCUGGUUGUUUGAAUGUGGUAGAAAUUCUGCUGAAUGAUCACAUUUGAAUUUUGCCUUUCUAGAUUACUUGGUGUUGUAGAUUUAGCUUUGACUUUUAACAUGUUGGGGGUAGGGAUAAGGGUUCACUUUGGUUUGGAGUCUUUUUGAGGGGAACCAUCCUCUGUCAUUUGGCAGGAUGUUUUUUUUCUUGUUUUCCUUUAAGCAUUUUCAGUUGAAAUGCAAAACAAACUUGGUUGUGUAACAAAGCCUUCCAUUGCACCCUCUGCAAAUGUUCAGUGGCGUUUAAGUUGAGAAAAUAUGUAGAUUUUAGAGCAUCGAGGUUUCUUUAAUAGGAAGCUAAAAACAACUUGGCACUUUCAACCGAAGUUUACUUCACCAAAGACAGUGAACUAGUAAAUAAUGGCAGAUCGUGAGAUUGGAUUAUUGUCCAUUUUUCUUCUUGUGAAAACAGGAUGUCAUACACUUUUUGCUGGACUAGGUCGCAGUUUGGAGAAUGUGCCUUUUUUGUACAUUUGCAUUCAGUUGUCUAUAGUUGUUCAAGAAUGGACACAAAAAAAACGCACGACAGUAGGUUUGGAUCCAACAAGUGCCACGCCGAUUUCAUCACUACAGACACAAACAAAUGUUAUUAUAGCAUUAAAGAAGUAAUGGCAACCAACACAGGAGCGAAAACAGUUUGAAACUAUGAAAUGAAGAACGCAAUGAUGAAUUUGCAUAGGCAUCGUGCGACAGUAGUAUACCACAAAAAGUUGUCUAUUGUUCUAUUCAGACAUGAUAGGCGUAACAACAGCAACAAAAAAGGCUUUUAAAAUUAAGUUUGUCUUCCAAAAGACUGUGUUUUUUCCUUUUUAACCUGGUGGUCGGAGCGACCAGUUAUCUACCUCAGAGUUUCUUUUCCUCCUCUGUUUUGCCGGCCGGGUUAGCAGGUCCUGCCCGGUCCACCAGACCAAACGGCACGCUCAGGAGCUGGCCCAGACACAGCUGUUUCCUUUCAGGUUAUUUAAAAAAAAAAAAUGAUUUUUUAUUUUCCUCUCUCUCUCUCUCUUGCUCAAAGAUUUAAAAAAAAGAAAAACAUUUUAUUGACAUAUUAUUAUUAUCAUCAUUAUGAGGAACAUUGUGCGUUGAACGUGUUUUUUCUUUUUUUUUUCAUUCUUUCUUUCUUUUUUUAAAGAUUGUGUCUAGACAUUGUUUCAUAGUUUCAAAAAAUUAGAGUGAGGAAGAGGAGAAACAUACUGCUGCUUAAACCAUGAGAGACAUAUAUCUAUCCCAGUAGCUGAUGAAGUCCAGAAAAGAGAUUUGAAUGCCAGAGGCUUUGAGAGAGUUGUGGUAUUAACUGCAUCUGUACUCCUUCUCUAACAUCUCUGUCGUUUUGUCCGAUUCCUCAGAGACUUGCAGCCGCAUUUUCCUCUGUGGUCGGCUUGAAGUCCAGCUACCAAAACAGAGAAAAAGGCCACUGUGACUAUACUUGAGAUUUCUGUGUAUUGCCUGCGACUGAAACGAAACAAAACAAAGCGACGCUGUUUGAGUUCUUGCAAGGGUUGUGCUGCUAGUAACACCUGAACCAAGUGCCAUACUGCUUCUGGGAGAGAAAAAGUUGGAUAAACUAAAGCAUACAUGCAAGGAAGAAAUGCUCAUUAAAUUAAACCAUCAUGUUCUAGACAGCCAUUAAGUUAUAAGUGAAAAAAAAAGUAAUAAUUUAUGAAGCAAGAAGUUUUGUACAGACUGUUUGAAGAAAUAAAAGAUUUUCAUAGAGAUAUCUAUAUGAGAGUUAAUUUUUUAUUUUUUGUUUUACAUGUGCCACACACUUGCCAGUGGUAACUUGUAUGUCCGGUUAAAGAAAAGAAAAAAAUACUUCCUCUUUACUUUUGUUUUGUAGUGUUUGUUAAAGCCAAAAAAAAAAAAAAACUUUUUUCCAGUAGAUUGUUACUUAAGCUUUAUUUCUGUUCGAUUCUUUGAAAAACUUUAAAUAAAAAUUUCGAUUGAAUGUG